AUCCAUGUCAUUUUGUCGGGUUUAUGUCUUUUAUUUUCAUUAAAAAUGCUCUUUGUGUUUCUUUUUUAAUCAAAACAUCAACUUUGUGAACCAGGGGCGUCUAUCAGCAAAACACAGUUUCCCAUUAUGGAUGCCCUCCAAGAUCUGAUAAUGGGAACUCUAUCAAGACUACAGAGAAUGAAAACGGUGGCAUGUAAUCUCUGCAAAAUUCCCCUCCUUCUCCUGCUUCUGUACUUCUUUGUGUGCUCUCUGGAUAUUCUAAGCUCUGCUUUCCAGCUAGUUGGAGGCAGGAUAGCAGGGGAUAUUGUCCAGGAAAAUGCUAUCCUUUCUAACCCUGUGGCAGGGCUGGUGGUGGGGAUAAUGGUGACAGUGUUAGUCCAGAGCUCCUCCACCUCAACCUCCAUUGUUGUCAGUCUUGUUUCUUCUGGUUUGCUGGACGUGCAGUCAGCCAUUCCUGUCAUCAUGGGCUCUAAUAUUGGAACAUCAGUGACUAAUACCUUUGUUGCUCUAAUGCAGGCUGGGGAGAGAGAAGAGUUUGAAAGGGCAUUUGCUGGCGCUACAGUCCAUGACUGUUUUAACUGGUUGUCUGUGUUGGUGCUUCUCCCUCUGGAAGCUGCGAUUGGGUUGCUUAGACAAAUCUCAAAGGCUAUGGUUGACACACUACAGCUCAGCAGUGGUGAAGAAGCUCCUGAACUUCUUAAAGUUCUAACUGAGCCACUGACUAAAAUGAUAAUUCAGUUGGAUCGGUCAGUCAUUACAGCAAUUGCUACAGGAGACCAGAGUGCGAGAAACAAGAGUCUGGUGAAGCACUGGUGUCAAACCACAGCCAUGAAGGUCAAUGAAACUUCCUGGGGAACACACAACCUUUCAGAACAAACACAAAAAUGCAGGCAUCUCUUUGUGGACUGCUCUUUGUCAGAUUUAGCCAUAGGUCUGAUCCUCCUGGCUUCCUCGCUGUUGGUCCUGUGCAGUUGCCUGAUAUUGCUGGUUAAACUACUCAACUCCCUCCUGAAGGGCCAGGUGGCCAGUGCCAUUAACAAUGUUGUUAACACAGAGUUUCCCUACCCUUUCACUUGGCUGGCAGGUUAUUUGGCUCUGUUCGUGGGAGCAGGAAUGACCUUUUUGGUACAGAGUAGUUCUGUCUUCACAUCAGCCAUCACUCCACUAAUAGGGAUUGGUGUGAUUAGCAUUGAAAGAGCCUACCCUUUGACUCUGGGGUCCAACAUUGGCACCACUACAACAGCUAUACUAGCAGCCCUAGCUAGUCCGGGAGAUAAGCUAGCUGCUGCUACACAGGUUUCUUUGUGUCAUUUUUUCUUUAACCUCCUUGGUAUCCUGCUGUGGUAUCCCAUUCCAGUUACUCGCCUACCCAUACGUAUGGCCUGUGCCCUUGGCAAAUGCACUGCCAGGUACCGCUGGUUUGCUGUCGCGUAUCUCCUUCUCUGCUUUGUGCUACUCCCAACCCUCGUGUUUGCUCUCUCCAUGGCUGGCUGGAAGGUGAUGACUGGUAUUGGUGUUCCAGUCAUUAUGGUGAUUAUAUCUGUUGCAGCAGUUAACAUUCUUCAGGUACGCAGACCUGAUUGUUUGCCACUUAGACUACGAAACUGGGACUUUCUACCUCCUUGGAUGACAUCAUUGCAACCCCUGGAUGACCUCAUCAGCAGACUGACCUCAUGGUGCAGGCAAGAGAACGGGUGCAUUUUUAAAAGAAAUAAUACUCCAAUUACAUCACUGGAGGGCAUUACUGAAAACACUGAGAGAAGAGAUAAAUGGGGGCAGAACUGCGAGGACCCAGAGAAGGAUGAGAGCUGUUGGACUCUGGCGCUUGAAAAAAGGCGAGUUUUGAUGAUGACUUGUGGAAAUUAG